AUGGGCAUGAACAGGAAUAAAAGCCCAGACACAGGCGGAGUGAUUGCACAAGUUGUGCUGAUGUUUCUCUUCUCUUCUACUGAUAACACGGCACUACGGAUGGCAGUUGACAAGAUUUUGCAGGAGAGGCUGAAGAUGUAUCCUGGGUCUGCUCGCAUCAACCUCUCCUCUUCCACCCUCACAGUCUGUGGGCUUCGAUAUAACAGAUCAACAGUUUCUCCAAGAAUAACUGGAGGAGUUGAGAUCUGGGGGUCUGGAGAGUGGCCAUGGCAGGCCAGUCUCAUGCGGAAUAACAUCCAUCGUUGUGGUGCAACGCUGAUCAGUAACACGUGGCUUGUGUCUGCAGCUCAUUGCUUCAAAGAGUCCAGUAACCCACGCUUAUGGACUGUUAGCUUUGGAACCUAUUUGACACCUUCACUACUUGUACGGCCUGUCAAGACCAUUAUAGUUCAUGAAAAGUACCGUUAUCCAGCCCAUGAAUACGACAUUGCUGUUCUGCAGCUGGCUAAAGGUGUGGACUUCACAAGCGCUGUUCAUCGGGUUUGCCUUCCAGAUGCAAGUGAGAUGAUUCCAUAUAAUAUAGAUGCUGUUAUUACAGGAUGGGGAGCAAUGAGUGAUGAUGGUGAAACUCCUAAUGUUCUUCAAGAAGCAACAGUAAAGCUCAUAGACUCCAACACUUGUAACAGAAAAGAAGUGUACAAUGGGGCCAUAACACCUGGGAUGAUAUGUGCUGGGUACUUGGAAGGAGGAGUAGAUUCCUGUCAGGGUGACUCUGGUGGCCCACUGGUUACACCUGACACAAGAAACAUGUGGUAUCUUGUCGGCAUAGUGAGCUGGGGAGAUGAAUGUGCUAAGCCAAAUAAGCCUGGAGUCUACACACGAGUGACCUACUUUCGGGACUGGAUUACCAAAUAUACUGGGCUCUGAUGCAAAAUUUGUACGUUUUGCACAUCAUAAGUGGUAUGCAGGUCAUACUUGUUUGUAACUUGUGCAAAAGUCCUCUACGUGAGAUUAUCUGCCUUCUUUCCAAAGUUGUUGGCAUUGCUCUGGUAUGUUAAGAAGUAAUGGAGGCUGACUGUUAAACAGUAUUUAUUUACAGUAUUCACACAGGCU